AUGUCUACUAUUCAACGUCUGAUCGCCGUCACAGAUGCAUAUUUGUACUAUAUAUCUAAACUUAUCGUUGAUGAAGGAACUGGACGUGCUCUAGUGUACCAAAGCGAAUUUGAUCCUAUAUCAUAUCCCUUUCGUCGUCAAGGUUAUAUGGAUAUUAGCACUUUACCAGAUGAAGAGUGCAAAUACUUAUUUAAAUUUACCUUCUCUCAGAUACAAUCGUUAGCUGUUCUUCUUGAACUGGGGGAAAAAGUCUGCUUUCGUGAAGGGUCCCCAAGCCAGUUCUUUAUCCCGUCUACAGAGGCUUUGACUAUCAUGCUUCGCAGAAUGACUUUUCCUGCUCGCGUAGCAAAUUUGACUUUGUUUUUCGGAAGGUCAGAAUGUACUCUUAUUACCAUUUUCAAUGAAAUGAUUGAGAAACUUUAUGAGAGGUUUCAUACUGGUCUUGAGUUUGACACCUACCAGUUCCGUGAAGAGAAUCUGGUACGCUUUAGUGAAGCCAUAAGUAAAACUGCACCAACAUCCGAAUGUGUUGGAUUUAUUGAUGGUCUAUUCAACAGGUCAGCCAAACCAGACUGUGACCAAGAAGUCAUAAGUAACGAAUAUAGUAGUGAAUAUGGGCUGAAAUACCAAGCAGUGGUAACUCCUGACGGUAUUACUUCUUCCAUAAUGGGCCCUGAAAUUGGGAAUCCCAAGGAUAUGAAUUUCUACGAAAAUAGUGGAUUAGAAAAUAGUAUGCGCGAAGCAUUUGAUUUCAAGAGCUCAAAUGGACCCUGCUACUACGUGUACGGUGAUAAAAACUACACCGAGUCAGCUCUUAUAAUGGCACCGUUUCACAAGCUACCGUUGGACGAGGUUGAAUUGGAUAUCAACAAGACAAUGGCUGGGCUACAUCGUGUGGUUGGGAAUGAGUUUACUCAUGUUGGAAAUCUCUGGGAAUUUCUGAGGUACUCCCAGACCCAGCGAAGUGACCAGAGCUCCUUUGAACUGUACUAUACCGUUGGAACGUUCUUAAAAAACAUUCAUGUUUGUUACAAUGGUGGUAAUCAUACAAGCAGGAUGUUUGGUGUUACUCCUCCAACACCAGAUGAUUAUAUUUACGGCCUCUUAUGUCAAUAA